AUGUUUCCUAGCUUGACCCCCACCAUCGCCCCAGUCCCGUUUCGGUCGUUUCUCUCGGUAUUUGGCUCUCAGGCGUCAGAAUUUCUUCAUGGUAUACUCGCGACGUCAGUACAGGAACCUCGGAGGCCAGCGUUUUCAACGGUACUGAAUGCUCAAGGCAGGGUUCUCUACGAUGUAUUCCUACACACGCAAAAAGACGAGAAGGGAAAGCCUGGAUACAUAAUUGAAUACGAUUCGCGUGCCUCAGAAGCCCCACCACUUUACGACCUGCUCAAGCGGUACGUCUUACGGUCCAAAGUGAAGAUUAGGGAUGUCUCUCAGGAAUACGACGCCUGGGCUGCUUGGGGUUCUCCUGAACAUUCACACUGGGAGACACAGCGAAAGUGGCACUGGGAACACAGUGGGGCUAUGGAGCCCAUUUGGCCGGCCGAGAGCGAAUGGCCUUGGGGUCUUGAGGACGGCAUCAUACGCGACAGAAGAGCCCCCGGGAUGGGGUCGAGAAUUCUUGUACGCAAGGGCGACCGUCCAAAGGAAUCCCUCUCGCAUGAUAUUCAGACAUCCGACGCAUAUACCCUUCUUCGUAUACUCAAGGGGGUCCCUGAAGGUCUUGUUGACAUCCCACCCUUGCAUGCGUUCCCGAUGGACUCAAAUUUGGACAUCAUGGGAGGCCUUGACUUUCGAAAGGGCUGCUAUGUCGGGCAGGAACUCACAGUGCGAACAUAUCACACCGGUGUCAUACGAAAGAGAGUCCUUCCUGUUGUCAUACGCGAACACCAAAUGUAUGUAUUCAAGUUGCUUGUACGUAUUAUGUUUGUAUUCUCAGCCUGUCAUAGGUCAUCCCCCGUUGCCCAGUCACUGCCUUCGGGCCUUGACAUACGUCCUAUUACUCGUAAAGAGUCCCAAAAUAAGUCUCCGCAUCCACGGGGAAGCAGUAAACUUUUGACUUCACUGCAUGGACAUGGCCUAGUGUUGUUCCGAUUAGAACACCUGAAGAAUGGAAAUUUGACGGAAGAAGAACCACAGCAGUUCGCCUUGCAGACUGAUGGCUCUGCAACGUGGAUAGUUGAACCUCAGUGGCCACAGUGGUGGGACUGGUGUAGACGCUCAGGUGUUCUGUAA